UUUAUAUUUCCCUCUCUAUCUUUUUAAGAAAUUUCAAACCCUCGUCUACGGUGCUGCUAACAAAAAAAAAACUACUAGGCAAGCAACAAGCUUCAUAAAUCAGAAAGAGAGGAAUUUUGGCAAACAGAUAUAUAUGAGAGAAGGAAAGAAAGACGAAGAGAGCGAAAGUUCGACCUCGCACCUCUUCAAACUUCCAGCGAAAUUGUGGGUUUUGAUAGGCACACCAAGUGUUUGUGGAAAGCUCUAAGAGAGAGAAACUUGAAGUUAGAGGGUAGAAGAAGCUCAUGAAUCUGUAAACCAUUGUAAGUGAACAAUAUAAUUCAAGCUAUAUUCCAGUGUAUGCUUUUCUUCUUUUUCUUUCUGGAAAAUGGAGUCUCUCAUAAUUUUACGACAGUAUGGUGGAUGAGUUUAUUCAGCAGCUUGGAAUAUCCAAGAUAAUUUAGUGAUUAACAUUAAAUUAUGUAACUGCUGUCACCUCUGUACUUGGCUCUUUGCAAGCAUUUCCUAGCACAGACAAAAUUAGAUAGAGGAACGAUUGCGAAAGUUUUUACACAAUGUUGGUAGGUAAUAGCAAUUUAAGCAUUUCCUGAACUCCUAACCACAAUAUCACUACCAUGACAACAUGAUUAAUUGCUCCCAUAAUAAAUGUUAUAUUAUAUUACCCAUCCCUUGUGUUCCCUAUUCCCUGUUCCCUUCAAAUAAAUCCAGUGAGUUCGGGAAAGUAAAGUGAGAUAAGGAAACUUAGCUCUUUUUGUUAGAAUAAGAUUCUGAAAUUUGAAGGGCAUAUGUAAAUUACAAAGAUGACACCUUUUUCGAUUUUGAAGGUAUACUGCUCCUAUUUUCUCUUGUGCAAUAUGGUAGCUUUUCAAUUUGGAAGAUCUAAUGAUUUGGGUGAGUUAUGUGAAUUCUUAUGUUUAAAUAUCUUCCAUCUGAAUUAAUUGUUCACAAAGUCGAAAUGACUCUUUGUCUCUCUCCAUUUAAAAAGUAAACUUAAGGCACGAUGACAAAAAGAUCCGUCGAUGUCACUGAUGAAUUCAUUGAUUGCCUUCUUUGUUCCUGCAUAUUCCUUGAGAACCUGUGCGUAGUAAAUUCAGCGUAUCUUACCAACCUCAGAGUCUCUAGUUUGUUACAACGAUUGAAACAUUUGGAGGUAACUUAUUGCUUCCACUUGAGAAUUAUUGAUAUUUCUACCCCGAAUCUUGAAUCUUUUUCAUAUUGUGGCCAAGCUAUAGAGCUUCAUAUCAGGCAUGCCUCUUCGCUCUCUAAGGUCGCUGUUGGUUCGCAAGAUUACAAUGCCUCCAUAUCCUAUGCAUUCGACUCAUUUUUACAAUAUUCUUCGCAAUUGGAGUCUCUAAGUUUGAUGAUGAACUUAAAAUAUGAGUUGAAUAUCCAGAUCAUUAAUCCUCCUACUUUGACAAAUCUUAAGCAUCUAGAACUGUGUGUUAUUGCAUGUUGCAAUAAAACACUCCUUGGAUGGACGUCCUUGAUUGUGGCAGUGCCAGUUAUGCAGAAGCUGACACUGAAGGCAAGCACCCCUGCUUCUUUUCAUAUAUCAAAUAAGUGAAUUCUUCGAAACAAUCCUUUUGCUUUCCUAAUUUUAUCUAAAAGGGAUUUUCCUACACUUCUGUUAAGACUAGUAGGUAUCUGUUCUUGUUGAAGUUACUCGGGUUUGACAUCAAACGUGCAAGGCCCAUUGUCAAACAAAACGCGUGCCCUCUCAGAUGCUUGAAGACGCUAGAGCUUGUUGGCUUUAUGGGAUGGCCGAUUGACCUUGAGUUUGCAACUUUUGUGCUUGAGAAUGCUAUUGUUCUUGAAGAGGUGAUUAUUGACUUCACGCCAUUUUUCAGAACAAAACCAUAUCACAAAGGUGUGCAAGAACGUCGUGUGAAGCUGAAAACGAAGCUACCUCUAGGUGUAAAGUUAAUUGUCAAGUAAAUUUACUAUAAUAUCCAACUUUGUUGCAAAUUGUAGAUUUUCUAUUUAUAAUAAUGCAAUACCUAUCCGGACAAUAAGUUAUGUAUCUUGUCUUUAGAUUUUCUUGUAUGACAGCUACAAGAGCUAAAUGAUUUCCUGUGUCAAGUCAGUUCAUUUAUUGGUGAUUU